CGUGUGGCGCGGCGGCUCGGAGGAGCGGGGGCGAGCGGCGCUGCGGGCCGUGGGAGGAAGCGCUGCGCCCGGCCCGACGGCGCUCGCUAGUUGAGCCACAUCCGCGGGUCGCCGGCGCCUGUCACAGCCCCUCCAUUUUGAAGGAAGGAGGCCGCCGUUCCCACCGCCGGGGCGGCAGCCGCGCUCAUGGCGUUCAGUCCCUGGCAGAUCCUGUCGCCCGUGCAGUGGGCCAAGUGGACGUGGUCCGCGGUCCGCGGCGCGGGCGCGGGCGAGGAAGAAGCCGGAGGUCCCGAGGGUGACCCUGAGGAGGAGGAGGACUCGCAAGCCGAGACCAAAUCCCUGAGUUUCAGCUCGGAUUCUGAAGGUAAUUUUGAGACUCCUGAAGCGGAAACCCCAAUCAGAUCGCCUCUCAAGGAGUCUUGUGGCUCACCUCUAGGAUUGGCAGACCCUGAGGCCAAACCCCAAGAAUCACAAGAAACCACUGAACAGUCCAUAGCAGAAGUAAUCGAAAAGUGUUCACCUGAUCCAUGUUCUAGAUCUUCAGAAAAUGCGCCACAGACGAACGCUGAUGCUCGCUCAGUCGGGGACGCCAAAGGAGAAACCAAACAUGAUGCUAGUAAGGUCUCAGUAGUGAGGCCAUUUUCAAUAGAAACCAGGAGUCCCACAGAUGACCCAGCGGCACUAGGAACAAAAGCUGCUUAUGGCUGUGCACCUGCGCUCUCAGGCAGGGCUUUGCCCUCCGCUGCAUCAGAAGCCACUCAGGACAAGCCAGUGACAGGAGGAGGCAUGGGGGCUACAUUUGAGGCUUUUACAGAAGGCAGGCUGAAGACUGGAGAGGCGGUGGCCAGCAGAAGCAAGUUAAGAAAGCCCAAGCCUGUCUCUCUGAGGAAGAAGACAGCCGGAGGCGAUGCCUCUGAACCGGAAAUGAUCAUGGAGGGGUCGCCUCUCCCUAAGGCUUCCUCCCUGUCGGCUCCUGAUGAAUUGGAUAAGAACACACAUCCUACUGUGCUGAGAGGUGCCAGGGUCCUGAAAUCUUCCCUUAACCUUAAAGAAGCUGCUGAUGCUCACAGUAAUGGCUCCAGCGGCUCAGGGCUUGAGCUGCAGGAAGGGUCCAGGAACUUGCCUCCCAAGCUUGAGUAUGAUAUUACAGAAGGCGGGGAAAAUGUUGAGACCAAGAAUGCCCUUCCAAGGAAGCCUGCUAACAAACUGACACCCAACAUACGGAAAGAUGGCAUCAGCCAACCAGUAGAUGUUGAACAGCCUACAGACCCAAGAGUCCAAGAUGCCUCCCUCUCCCAAACGUCUCCUAAGCUAGAUCCUAGCAAAUGGGGCCACCCCAACAUUAAUUCUUCCGGGAGCUGCCCCAUUAUGCAGAGCUCGCCUCCCUUUUCCUCCAAAGGCUCCUACCACUUUGACGAAUCCGCGGAUCCCUUUAAGCCAGCCUCAGCUUUGACAAGCAGCGCCUUUUGUUCUCCCACUGGUAAUCAUGUUAAUGAAAUCUUAGACUCACCCAAGAAGGCAAAGUCGCGUUUAAUAACGAGUGGCUGCAAGGUGAAGAAAUACGAAACUCAGUCUCUUGAUUUGGAUACGUGUUCUCAGGAUGAAGGGGCUGUGAUCUCGCAGAUCUCAGACAUUUCUAAUAGGGACGGCCACGCUACCGAUGAGGAGAAACUGGCGUCCACAUCCUGCGGUCAGAAACCAGCCGGGGCAGAGGUGAAAGGUUUAGAGAAGGAGACAUGCCAGAAGACGGAGAAAGAGGAGUCAGCUGUGCAUGGACUGCUGGAGUCCUCGUCGGAAAAGGCCCCCGUGUCUGUGGCCUGUGGAGGAGAGAGCCCCCUGGAUGGCAUCUGCCUCAGCGAAGCAGACAAGACUGCCGUGCUCACAUUGAUCAGGGAAGAGAUAAUCACUAAAGAAAUCGAAGCAAAUGAGUGGAAGAAAAAAUACGAAGAGACCCGAGAAGAAGUCUUGGAGAUGAGAAAAAUUGUGGCUGAAUAUGAAAAGACCAUUGCCCAAAUGAUUGAAGAUGAGCAGAGGACAAACAUGACCUCUCAGAAGAGUUUCCAGCAGCUGACGAUGGAGAAGGAGCAGGCCCUGGCUGACCUGAACUCUGUGGAAAGGUCCCUUUCUGAUCUCUUCAGGAGAUACGAGAACCUGAAAGGCGUGCUAGAAGGGUUCAAGAAGAAUGAGGAAGCCCUGAAAAAGUGUGCUCAGGAUCACCUGGCCAGGGUGAAGCGGGAGGAGCAGCGGUACCAGGCCCUGAAGACUCACGCGGAGGAAAAGCUGGACAGAGCCAACGAAGAGAUCGCUCAGGUUCGCUCAAAGGCAAAGGCUGAGAGCGCAGCGCUCCAUGCUGGGCUCCGCAAAGAGCAGAUGAAGGUGGAGUCCUUGGAAAGAGCCCUUCAGCAGAAGAAUCAAGAAAUUGAAGAACUAACGAAAAUCUGUGAUGAGCUCAUCGCAAAGCUGGGAAAGACGGACUGAGAUUCCUCCCGUGAGCUGUGCAGAUCUGAGUCUGGCUGCUUGUGUCGUGACCACAAAUUAUCUUGCCUUAUCCAAAAGUAAUUCCUCCUUUGCAGAGAAAAAUAACUUUUUAAAAAGCACAUGCCUGCUGCUGCCUGUCCCGCUGCACCCCACUGCUGCAGCCGGAGCCUGGCUUGUGGGGAAGGAGCUGACGUGCCAGCGGG